GAGCACAUUUCUGUCCUGGACCAAGUCACAUAGUUUUCAGUUUAAUUCUCUUAAAUUUAUUUUGGUAUUUUAAUUGCAUUUUAUGCACAAUUAUGUAUAUACAUGCUAUAGAAAUUCUAUAAAGGCUACAAUUUGUCUUUCUUCAGUCAAAGUAAUGAUUUUAUUUCUUAAUGCUUUAGCGGAACGACUGCUACGAUCGAAGCUUUGUUACGUCGGAAGGUAUUUCAUGAAGCUCAUUUCACGAGGACCGCUGUUUUUGGAAGAAGUUUAUUUAAUAAAUAUUUAUGCGUAAAUACAAAAAAGAGGAAAGUUGUGAUUUGUUGUUAGCCACCUUGGCAGCCAUGAUGUCCCAUGGAUUUAAAAGCAGUAAACAAGACUUCACAUUUGGACCCUGGAGAGUUACCGCCGCGAAAACCCACAUAAUGAAAUCUAAAGACAUUGAACGCUUAGCGGAUGAGAUGCAUAUGCCAUCUCUGCCCGAGAUGCUGUUUGGGGACAACGUGCUGCGCAUUCAGCACACGGAUGGUUUUGGUAUCGAGUUCAAUGCCAUCGACGCCCUCAAGCGCGUGAACAACAUGGAGGAUUCGGUGAAAGUGGCCUGUGCCCAGGAGUGGCAAGAGAGCAGAGCGGACUCGGAACAUUCCAAAGAAGUGGUGAAACGGUAUGACUGGACCUACACUACUGAUUACAGAGGCACCUUGCUGGGGGAUGAGUUGAAGAUGAAGGUGAUGCCCACCACAGAGCGUAUCGAUAUGGAGAAGCUGAAGGCCCGUGAGCAGAUCAUGUUCUUCGAGGAGGUCCUACUGUUUGAGGAUGAGCUACAUGACCAUGGCGUCUCCAUGAUCAGCGUGAAGAUCAGAGUGAUGCCCACGAGUUUCUUUGUGUUGCUGAGGUUCUUCCUGCGAGUGGAUGGAGUUCUGAUCCGCAUCAAUGACACACGAGUCUAUCACGAGGGUGGUAAGAAUUACAUGUUGAGAGAAUUCAGCACCCGGGAAAGCAAAGUUUCUGCACUACGGCACGUGCCCCCGGCCCUGUACACCGACCCAAACGAGAUCGCCCAGUACCUCCCGCUGCGGCUCACAGAGUGCGAGAAGCUCGAGAUGCCCGAGCGGAACUUGCCGUCGGGCUCCGCCGACAUGCAGCAGUGAGCGGGAGAGACCCAGCCGGACACCGGAAUCCCUCUGGCUCCAGUCGGACUCUGGCGUGGGACGGGAGGAUAGAGGCUAACCCCUCCCUCCCACAGAAACCCAGAUCUCUCUCUGACGGACGAUACGUGCAAAUAUCCAUCAAGCACAAGAUCCCCAAACGGCCGAUUUGGCAUGAUUGAGGGUUCUGUUUAAUCUGGGAUGGUUUCUUUUUUCAUGACAUAAUCUGUCUCAUUUCUACAUAUUUAACUGUCAAGCUUUAAAAUGGUGCAUAUCUCAUUUCCUUAUUUAAAGCCUAGGUUUUUGGGCUUAUUGUAAAUCACAACACAGCUCUUUUUUUUCUUUUUUGAGACUGAACAGCAGUAGAAAUAUGCACGAUUAACAAGACAUACAGGACUGCUUUUAUGUAGUAAGCUUGCCAGUAUCCCUUGCAGGGCUAUGUAAAUUAGCUGCCUUUGUACCCGAGCCAGAGAUGUAACAUUUGUGUAUUUUGUUAUAUAUUUAAAAAUGAAAUGUAUAGUUGUGGCUUCACCUUUAGGGGGCUUUCAGAAUCAAGGUUGAGUCUUUUUGAAUGUGUGAAAAUAUUACUUUUAAGCAAAACUUUAGGUCUCCGUUUUUUUGAACAUUUGCAUAAUAUGUAUUGAAAACCUUGCAGGAAAAAAAAACAUCCAUUUCUCAGCUGAUGUCCGUCUUACACCAUGUUGUCCUGACUUUGUAUAUUGGGAUUCUAAAUAUGUUCUAAAUCUGAA